UUUAAAAUAUUACAACAAUGUGUGAUUAACUCAAAAGAGCCCAUGGUGAUGCAUGUGUCACAAACCUUUCAAAAUACACAAGUAUUUGUGUUGUGUUGUAUAAAACAAAAAACAAAGAAUAGCAAAUAGAGAAAAGCAGUGCGGUGUCCUGUCAAAGGAAGCCGCUUAGCCACUUAGUGUUUAACGCAGACUUCAGUGUGAAUGACGAAGCAGCUUAGUGCCACAAGAUCCUGCCUCACUCACAUACACUCCUGUAGUGCUGUUCAUAACCAAAAGAACAGACAACAGAGACAAAGCUCUACUUCCUCUUGUGCUGCUCAGUGCACUCCAGCUUCUGCUUUACUCAGACGAAACUAUGGACGUGUCCACUUCCAGCCCUAUAAACAUGACCACGUUUCUCCCUAGCUCAAACACCACGAACGUGACCACCACCAGCACCACCACAGACGCCAUCAGCACCACCAACAAACCCCUUAGCCAAUCAUCCCACAGAAUUGCUCUGAUAAUAAUCUACACUGUGGUGCUUGUGACUGGCACUGUGGGCUUAGUUAUAAUGAUCCGUGUACUGAAAACCAACCUGCGAUCUUGGACCACCAUUGCCUUUCUCAACUUGCUUUUGGCCCAUGUCAUAUUCCUGCUGACUGUUCCUUUCCGGAUCCACUACUAUGUGACCAACCACUGGAGCCUGUCCACACUGACCUGUAAAAUCGUCAGCGCAAUGAUCCACCUGCACAUGUAUGUGGUCUUUGUCAUUUACGUGGCCAUCCUCGUCACGCGUUUCGUGCAAUACUACAAAAAGACGGACCGUAUGGAGUUCUACCGGAGGCUUCAUGCCCUGGCAGCUAGCGUUGGUAUAUGGUCAAUUUUAAUCAUUGUCGGUCCCAUCAUCUUAUCAAAAUAUGGCACAAAAAAACCCGAAGAAAACAAAUGCUUUAACUUUGGGCAACAGGCCAUUGAAGGGAGCGUGUUUGGUUUUAAUAUUUUUUUAUCAGUCGUCAUCAUCCUUGUGUCAUGCAUCCUGGGCGUCAUAGUUGGCAUCAUCCUGUAUUCUUUGAUCAAGAAGCAUGGAGCAGCUUGCCGAAACCAGCAGGAGUUCUGGGCCCAGAUGAGGAACAUCAACCUCAUCAUCAUCAUCUUCAUCUGCCUGGUGCCUUAUCACUUAUUUCGCUUUUAUUAUCUUACGCAUACUCAGGAUAUGGAGGAGAGCAAUGAGGUCUUUCUGUCCAUCACCACACUUACCUGCACUGACAUGUUGUUGAUUUUCACCAAGAUGGGAAUAUUUCAAGUGUGUGGCUUCUGAAUACAGGAACUACCUCCUCUGUCGGGCUUAUUGCUCAAGUACUGCGAAGAAAAGAACACAACAGUCAUGGUUUGCAGGGAAGCUGAUGAUUAACUGCUUGAACAACAACCUAAGCUUCACUGACUGGCUGUUUGUUCUGCUCAUGAUCCUAUGGAUCUUCUUGGGCGAGAAGAAAGUUCAGGGGAAUUUUAAAACCCAGGCAGGACAAAACUUUAAAUAAAGUCACGGCCUAAAGUACAGCUGAUGUGACUUACAAAAAAUGGAAAAAAUAAGCAGCUGUCUGUAAGCAUCUACGGCCAUCUAACUAUUGUAGUUUUUAUUUCUAUGCAUGUUGAGGUGUGUGUGCGAGUUUUUUGUUUUUUUGUUUGUUUGUGUGGGUUGUUUUUUUUUGUUGCUAAAAAUAUUAAGAGGGCACAUUACAUGUGGCUCGAUUUAGUGUUUAAAAUUAAAGACUUUUUUAUUGUAUUUUAUUUAUUUAACCAACCCAGAAAAGAAAGAAAAAAAACUGCUUGAGAAUGCUUAAUGCUUUAUCACGUUCUUAUGUUAGUCCUAAAUGGAUGUUAGUAUGUUAACAUUUUUUGUACUAACCUAAAAUGAAGUCUAACCUGCAGAAACAACCCCCAGUGUUUUUUUGCUUAUUUUAGGGGUCUUGGGUUGUUUAGCUGCCAGGUAUUUUGUCUUUAUGUGGUAUUUUCUGCAGCUUGGUGUCCAUAAAUACUUGGUGUUGAUGGAGGAGUUAAAUUAUAUGUUUUUUUUUUAUU